GGAAAAGUAAUUUUUUAAAAAAAAAAAAAAAAAUCCUAUUAUCCUAUGAACCAAAUACCCCCUUAAAGUCAUCAACCUCAAGUGGGCUUUUAGCUAAUAUUUUAUUCCUGGUCUCGGGCCUUUGGUAAAGGAAAUCGUGAAACCAAAAAAAGUGAAAAUCAAUCGUUCUGAUUUUUGUUAUUAUUUUGUUUAGAGUGAUUAACAAACAAUCAGACGUUCGUAUCAAGUAUCAAAUGCGAUCGAUCAGUCUGGAGAGUUGUCACCCUAGAAUCCUUAAGCCUCUUUGAUUCAGGUUUCAAGUUCGUUCCUGUGGUCGAAUUAAUCCCGAUCUUUCCUAGUGUAAAACGCAUAUUUAACCAUACCUUGUAGCCCACGCUACUGUUAUUUUAUAGCGGCGGCAAAACCUUUGCGCAGAGAACCAAAACCCUCCAUGGCGAUGAGAAACCUUUUGUUGAAACCCUCGCCGAUGAUCAUUGCCCCAAAACCCACUGAACAGUCUCCUUCUCGAUCUAAAAGGUGUUUCUUAUAUACUCCGCCAACCUCUCAUCGUUUUUCUUCGAUGCAUGCUGCACUGCCCAUCUCUGCACUCGUUAAGGAACACAAGGGUUUUAGUGGCAACUUGAACUGGGGUGACUUUUUGGGCUCCACUUUAUCGUCUUUUUGGGAUGAUGCCACGCAAACGGAUGAAAAGUUCUUAUGUCAAUGGUCGAAAGAGGACACUACUGUUGCAACAAGAGAGACUGAAGAUGACACGCAGAAAAGAAAGAUUCAUAAAACUAAGAGGAGGGCUGCUAGUAAAAUAAGUAGAAAGAUAUACACGGUUAUGUUAACCCCUUACUGGAUCAUGGUGUUGAUUUCGUGUUAUCAGCUCAAUGCACAACAAAAUCUUGGAAAAACGACUAAAAGAAAACCAAGUAAGAAACAGUCAGUAACUUUCGAUGAUGUGGAAGGAGUCGAUUCCGCCAAAGCUGAACUUCUCGAGAUUGUGUCAUGCAUUAAAGGAGAUAGUAAAUAUAUGAAACUCGGGGCGAAAUUACCGCGAGGGGUACUACUUGCCGGACCUCCGGGAACCGGAAAAACAUUGCUGGCCCGUGCGGUGGCCGGAGAAGCUGACGUGGCGUUUUUCUCGAUUGCCGCUAGUGAAUUGGUGGAGGUUUUUGUCGGGAAAGGGGCAGCGCAUGUGCGGGAUCUUUUUAAGGAGGCGAGAAAAAGUUCACCUUCUAUUAUUUUUAUUGAUGAGAUUGAUGCUGUUGGAGGGCAACGUGGAAGAACUCUGAAUUGUGAACGUGACCAAACUUUAAACCAGCUUUUGACUGAGAUGGAUGGGUUUGAGAAGGAAGCAAGUGUGGUGGUGAUAGCUGCUACAAACCGGGCAGAGUCACUGGACUCAGCUCUGAUGAGACCGGGUCGGUUUUCCAGGAAAGUGGUUGUGGGUGUACCGGAUGAAGAGGGAAGGCGAAAGAUUUUCAGUUUAUAUUUGCGAGAGGUGCCCUUGAGUGAGGACAAAAAGGUCAUUUGUGACCUUGUUGCUUCGCUUACACCGGGAUUAGUUGGGGCUGAUCUUGAAAACAUAGCUCAUGAAUCUGUACUACUUGCUGCUCGCAGAGGUGGUGAUUUUGUGACCAAGGAUGAUAUUCUUGAAGCUGUUGAUAGGGCCACACCCAAAAUUGGUAAUGAUGACAAUGAUGUGAGGUUAAGAAUGGGUUUAGUGCUCCACCACCGCAAUUUGUUUAAGAAACCUCUAUUUGUAGGUUUGGGAUCACUUCUUGAUGAUCAAGAGAGAGGUUACGGGGAUUUGCAGGUCUCGACAUUAGCAGUUUCUCUCUGCCUCUCGCCGCCUCUAACCCUCAUCGGACAGCCACCGUCUUCCUUCUUUUCCAUUAACUCACCGAACUUCAGUUGA